AUGUGCGCCGCCCGACACUUUCUCCGGCCGCUAUAUAAGCGCGCGGCGCGGGGCUCUCGGCAGUCGGUGAGCAACCGCGCCACACCAGCAGCAGCUGCACAGCACCAGCCAGAGCAGAAAAGCGUUCUCCUGCUCACAGACAUGGCCGCGCCGCGCACGACGCUGCUGGCCUUGUGCUGCCUCCUGGCGUCGUCCGCUGAAGUCUUCGGGUACGGCAGCAGACGCCUCGUACGCAGAGAUGCGCCACUGACGAGCUACGGAGCACCUUCCCGGCCGUCCUCCAUGUACGGAGCUCCUUCUGCAGGUGGAGGCGGGAAACCGUCGAGCAGCUAUGGAGCACCCGCCGGGCCUUCCCGGCCAUCCAGCAUGUACGGUGCACCAUCAUUUGGAGGAGGAGGAGGAGGCUUUGGUAACGGUGGUGGACGCGGGAAAAGCCACGGGGGAUUCGGCGGUGGAGGCGGAGGCGGAGGUGGAGGCGGAAAGUCUCGCCCGUCGAGCAGCUACGGUGCUCCGUCUUCUGGCGCUUCUGCUCCCUCAUCUAGCUAUGGUGCACCCUCGUCAGGUGGUGGCUCUUUCGGGGGCGGAUCCUUUGGUGGUGGCGGUGGAUCAUUCGGCGGUGGUAGCGGCGGCGGAUUUGCUUCUGCGCCAUCGUCUAGCUAUGGAGCACCGUCAUCGGGAGGUGGAUCAUUUGGCGGCGGUGGAGGAGGAGGAAGCCUAUCAUCCAGCUAUGGAGCACCCUCAGCUGGUGGCGGAUCUUUUGGAGGUGGAUCUUUCGGAGGUGGAUCUUUCGGAGGCGGUGGAGGAGGAGGCAGCCUAUCAUCCAGCUAUGGAGCACCCUCAGCUGGUGGCGGAUCAUUCGGCGGCGGUGGAUCAUUUGGCGGCGGUGGUGGAUCGUUUGGCGGAGGUGGUGGAUCAUUUGGCGGUGGAGGCGCUGGUGGGUACAGUGGUGGUGGAGGAGGGUACAGCGGAGGUAAUGGAGGUGGCGGCGGGUACAGCAGCGGUGGUGGUGGAGGACACGGAGGUGGAGGCGGAGGAUACAGCAACGGAGGAGGUGGAGGAUACAGCAGUGGUGGCGGCGGAGGAUACAGCAGUGGUGGCGGUGGAGGGUACAGCAAUGGUGGUGGCGGAGGAUACAGUGGAGGUGGCGGCGGAGGUUACAGCGGAGGCGGCGGUGGAGGCGGACAUGGUGGAGGAAGUGGAGGUGGAGGCCAGGCGUAUGCCAGCAAUGGGGGAUAUGUCUACUAG